AUGUCAGAGACUUCCUCCCACGACUCCUUCUAUGAUUCUUUAUCAGACGUGCAGGAAGAGGGCAAAAGUACUGACUUCUUCCCAGGCCUCUCUGCUUUCCUCAGCCAGGAAGAAAUAAAUAAAAGCCUUGACCUGGCACGCAGAGCUAUAGACAACUCUGAAACUGAAGAUUUUGACUCCGAAAAGGAGAUCUCGCAGAUUUUCAGCAAGUCUCCCAUAAGCCUCUGCGAAACUCCUUCCCAUGAGGAGACGAAAUCAGGCGAGCAGACUUCCUCAGAACGACCUCGGGAUAACAGGCGAGCACCUGUCCAGCCUCUACCAGAACCAGUUGAAAGGAUCACUUCCCCAGCUUCAAAGAGAAAACCCGGGGUAUCACCCCUGCUGGCCAGCCCCAGCUACAUCCGGAGCCUCCGCAAGGCUGAAAAACGAGGUACAAAAAUUCCCAAUCCAAGUGCAAAGCCCAAAGCUGCCCAGCAAAGCAAGGGUGGCCCCCAGAGCCAACUGUGUGACAAGGCGGCUAGUUUCAUCGAGGAACUGACAUCCAUAUUUAGAGAGGCAGCCAAGCCAAGGAACAGAAGCCCAAAUGGUGAGUCCUCAUCACCAGACAGUGGGUAUCUGUCACCUAAAAAUCAGCCAUCAACCCUGAUGAGUGCCUCAGCCAGCCAGAGCCCCACUGCUGAACAGCUAGACCAACUGGAGAUGGACCCAGAGAUCAAGCAACCCCAGGACAGCCUUUGCUACCAGGCCCACCAGGCCCCAGAAGAGACCUUGCCGCACGCCCACAUACCACACCCACAGUCCCAGAAAGCCCGCCACUUGCCAUCUGCACCUCGGUUCAUCCAGAAGCUGAGGAGCCAAGAAGUUGCUGAAGGAAGCAGAGUUUAUUUGGAGUGUAGAGUCACUGGAAACCCACCCCCCAGGGUCAGAUGGUUCUGUGAGGGGAAGGAGCUGUACAACAGUCCUGACAUUCAGAUCCACUGCGAGAGUGGGGACCUGCACACCUUGGUCAUUGCCGAGGCCUUUGAGGACGACACAGGUCGCUACACGUGUCUGGCUACCAACCCCAGUGGCUCAGACAGCACAUCGGCAGAGGUGUUCAUUGAAGGAGCCAGUUCAACAGACUCUGACAGCGAAAGCUUAUCUUUCAUAUCAAAAGCUGGAGCUAUGCCACAAGCUCAGAAGAAAACAACGUCCGUUUCCUUGACGAUAGGAUCCUCAUCUCCAAAGACAGGCGUGACCACAGCCGUGAUUCAGCCCUUAUCUGUGCCUGUCCAACAGGUUCACAGUGCUACUUCGUAUCUCUGCCGACCUGACGGAACCACCAUGGGCUGCCUUCUUCCUGUUUUCACUAAGGAACUCCAGAACACUGCAGCCUCCGAGGGCCAGGUGGUAGUACUGGAAUGCAGAGUGAGAGGGGCGCCCCCGCUGCAGGUCCGGUGGUUCCGGCAGGGGACUGAGAUCCAAGACUCUCCAGACUUCAGAAUUCUCCAGAAAAAACCUAGAUCGACAGCUGAACCCGAGGAGAUCUGCACCCUUGUCAUUGCUGAGAGCUUCCCUGAAGAUGCAGGCAUCUUUACCUGCUCAGCCACAAAUGAUUAUGGAUCGGUGACCAGCACUGCACAGCUUGUUAUAACCUCUGCCAACACUGAGAACUGUAGUUAUGACUCAACGGGAGAACCCAACAGUGAUCACUUCCAACACUUUCCACCACCCCCUCCGAUCCUGGAGACAGGCUCCUAUGAGCUGGGAUCCCAGAAACCAUCUGAAAUCCAGCAGGUGAACAACCCCAACUUAGGAUUUACCAUGGCAGCCCUUCAAAUGCAAUUCAACUCUGCAGAGAAGGAGGCCAAUGGAGUCCAUCCCAGCCAUGGAGUCAAUGGGCUGAUUAAUGGCAAAGCUUAUGGAAAUAAAUCUCCUCCAACAGCAGCUGCCCUGCUUUCGCCCACUAAAGAACCACCGCCUCUCCUUGCCAAACCCAAACUGGAUCCUCUAAAGCUUCAGCAGCUGCAGAACCAAGUGCGCCUGGAGCAGGAGGCGUGCGCCUGGCCCCCAGCGCCCCCGGCUGUCCCUUGCAACAGCAGCAGCAGCGGCAGCAGCGCACCCCCGUCGCCGCCCUUCCCCCCACCGCCACCAGCCUUCCCCGAGCUCGCGGCCUGCGUGUCGCCGGUGCCCUCCGAGCCCAUGAGCGCGGUGGCCUCCCGCGCCACCACCAUGCAGUCCUCCGGCUCCUUCAACUACGCGCGCCCCAAGCAGUUCAUCGCGGCGCAGAACCUGGGUCCCGCGUCGGGGCUGCCCACGCCCACCUCCAGCCCCAGCUCCUCCAGCCUGCCGUCGCCGCUGUCCCCAACACCCAGGCCGUUCGGCCGCGCUCCCGGGCCGCCCUUCGUGGAACCCGAGGCCAUGUGGGGCCCGUCCUCGCCCUCGCCUCCACCGCCGCCACCGCCGGUCUUCAGCCCCUCCACGGCCUACCAGGUGCCGGACGUGUUCCCGCUGCCACCGCCGCCGCCACCGCUGCCCAGCUCCACCUCGCAGUGCGCCUCGCCCGCCCGAUUCGGCCCCGGCCAGACGCCCGCAGCCUUCCUCAGCGCCCUGCUGCCCUCUCAGCCACCUCCUGUCGCUGUCAACGCCCUGGGGCUGCCCAAGGGCGUCACCCCCGCGGGAUUUCCAAAGAAGGCCAGUAGAACUGCUAGAAUAGCCUCUGAUGAGGAGAUUCAAGGCACGAAGGAUGCUGUCAUUCAAGACCUGGAACGGAAACUUCGCUUCAAGGAGGACCUUCUGAACAAUGGCCAACCGAGGCUAACCUAUGAGGAAAGAAUGGCUCGCCGCCUGCUUGGUGCCGACAGCGCAAACGUCUUCAACAUCCAGGAGCCAGAAGAAACAGCAGCCAAUCAGGAUGCUGGGGCUCCUCGGGCUUCUGUAGGGAGUCCUCUGGAUGGUCAAAAGGAGUACAAAGUCUCCAGCUGUGAGCAGAGGCUGAUUAGUGAGAUAGAGUACAGGCUGGAGCGCUCCCCUGUGGAUGAGUCGGGAGACGAGGUGCAGGAUGCCGAGGUGCCUGUGGAGAAUGCAGCAGCUCCCUGCUUUGAGAUGAAGCUGAAACAUUACAAGAUCUUUGAGGGGAUGCCCGUGACUUUCACGUGUCGAGUGGCAGGGAAUCCAAAGCCAAAGAUCUAUUGGUUUAAAGAUGGAAAGCAGAUUUCUCCGAAGAGCGAUCACUACACCAUUCAGAGAGACCUUGAUGGGACCUGCUCUCUCCACACCACAGCCUCUACCCUAGACGACGAUGGGAACUACACCAUCAUGGCUGCCAACCCUCAGGGUCGAGUCAGUUGUACAGGACGGCUAAUGGUACAGGCUGUUAACCAAAGAGGCCGCAGUCCCCGCUCUCCAUCAGGCCAUCCUCACGCCAGAAGGCCUCGCUCUCGAUCAAGGGACAGUACAGAUGAAAACGAGCCCAUUCAGGAGCGAUUCUUCAGACCUCACUUCCUACAGGCUCCUGGAGACCUGACCGUUCAGGAAGGCAAGCUCUGCAGGAUGGACUGCAAGGUCAGUGGAUUACCAACCCCAGAUCUCAGCUGGCAGCUAGACGGAAAACCCAUACGCCCCGACAGCGCUCACAAGAUGCUGGUCCGUGAGAACGGGGUACACUCCCUCAUUAUAGAGCCAGUCACGUCCCGGGACGCUGGCAUCUACACAUGCAUCGCCACCAACAGAGCAGGACAGAACUCAUUUAACCUGGAGCUUGUGGUUGCUGCUAAAGAAGCACACAAGGCCCCUGUGUUUAUUGAGAAGCUGCAGAACACGGGAGUUGCUGAUGGGUACCCAGUGCGGCUGGAAUGCCGUGUUUCAGGAGUGCCACCACCCCAGAUAUUUUGGAAGAAAGAAAAUGAAUCGCUCACUCACAGCACUGAGCGAGUAAGCAUGCACCAGGAUAAUCAUGGCUACAUCUGCCUGCUCAUUCAGGGAGCCACAAAAGAAGACGCUGGGUGGUAUACCGUGUCAGCCAAGAACGAAGCAGGCAUUGUGUCCUGUACUGCCAGGCUGGAUGUCUAUACCCAGUGGCAUCAGCAGCCACAGACCACCAAGCCAAAAAAGGUCCGGCCCUCGGCCAGUCGCUACGCAGCACUUUCGGACCAGGGACUAGACAUCAAAGCCGCCUUCCAACCUGAAGCCAGCCCAUCUCACCUGACACUCAACAGUGGCUUAGUAGAAAGUGAAGAUCUGUGAUCGGAAUGCCCUUGUUGAAGCUGAAAACUGAACGCCAUUGCUUCGACCAGCCUACACCUCUGUCACAUUAUGUGAAAGGCAGAAGUAUACUUUUGACUUAAGAAAUUUGAAAAAAAAAAACACCAAAAUCAUAUUUUUCUUACUUAAUAGAGAGUCUAAGUAGGUGUUGCUUAUAGAAAUGUACACAUUGCACAGAAAAUUCACAUUUAUUGUCCAAGUUAAGACUUUUGGAACUGCUGUGAUUAAAAUGGUCUGAAAUGCCAAAAUGCCAAAAAGAAACCAACUGUUCAAAGGUAACCACAAUUUAUCUUAUCUACAAGUGCCUUUAAAUACAAGCUAUAGGUGCUAUAGCAUGGCAGUGUGAAUGUUUGACAGAUACAGUGACGUUGAAGCGCAGCGUCUACAGAUGGCCCCAGUGAACCACGUGCAAUACGGAGGGAUGAGAAGGAGAAGGGUGGAGACAUCCGAGGGAAUGCAUUGGCUUUGCAAACUGCUUAUGUUACAUCGGAAAGAAGGAAUUCCUUGCCCUAAAUUCCAUUCAUAUCAGGAGUCACCUUACUAGGAAGCUUACUUACAAUCUGUGUUGAAUUAAAGGUUACCUUAAACUUAAGGUGUUCUGGAGAAGGCAGAUUAUAUAUUACAGUCCAUUCCACAAGAGGCAUCCAAACCAUGACCAAGGCAUGUAGCAUUUGGAGGAGGCAGGUUUGGAAGGCCCAGAAAGAUGGAAGGAAUUGCUACCCACGUGGGGAUCUCAUAUCCAUUUAGACGAAAGAAAGCAUCAGGGUCAGGCCAGGCUCUUCUUUGGUUUUCCUCUAAACCUUAAAAACAUAGGUGAAGAAAACACUGCCGUUAACCACUUAAGGACUCCAGAGGGACUCCGGGAAGUUUGGGGCGCAUGCGUGGUAGAGACUUCCAUGUACGCUGAAGUGUGGAGCGCAUGCGUGGUAGAGACUUCCUUAUAGCGGAAGUGUGUAGUAGUUGUUAGUGUGUAGAGCAAGUUGGACAUGGUGGAGGUUGCAGGGGUGGCUUAUGAGAGAGAGGUAGCCGGAAGGGUCUAGUCUGCCUGAGGGAAAAGGAGACUUGAGAGACAAAAACAGGUAUGUGCGACAGUGAACUUCUUUUCCAUUGGCACUAGAGGUACGUGCUGAGUGGAAAUUGCUAGUUCCCGUCACCCUCUGGCUCCAUGGAACCCAGCCUUAGGAGGGUCCCAGGCUCUGAAUAUCUGUAAGGCCAGCUGCAAAGACUGCUUUUGGAAUGCACGAUUCUGCAUCAGCUAAACUGAGUUGAUUCUGACCAGACUUGAUGACUUUAAGUCGGAACCAAUUUUUAUUUUUAAAGUGAGAGAAAAUAAUUUGGCCUGAUAGUACAAAACAUGCGGCUUUAAAGGUACUUUGCUAUGAAAAGAAAACACUGUGUUUGUUCCUCAUGCAAAACAUAUCUAUUGUUCAUUAUUUAUAAAGGUGUUGAACUUUCUUAGCUCAGUUACUCAAUUCAUACAUAAUACUUCUUAAAACAAUUUUAUAUCUGUAACCACCCCGUAUAUUUUGUAUUACUGCUUCACAUGUACAGCUUUCUACUUUUGUAAGAACACCAACCAAACAAGUUUUAGCAGGCUUGAACACCGGGUGGCAGAUGUUCUGUGCAGCAUGGUACAAGUCUCUUUGACCACGUACACAUUGUUAAUGGGGGAUUUAAAUUACCAUGCAGGGUCUCAUGGAACUAUCUCUGUUGUAGAACUGCAGAAUUGUGGCCUAUAUCAUAUCAUAAUUGCCAAUUUUUUCUGAAUGUGAUUUUUUUUUUUUUUGCUAAUUUGCUGGGCUUGGGAUUAACUCGCAUUCUUUUGCCACCUUUUAUGUUGUAUUUAUGAAAAAAACAAAAACAAAAAAAGUAGUAUCAUACUUUGGAUUGUUGUGCUAUUGUAAUGUGGACUUAACAUCAAUAAAUAAAUAUUUAACAGACGGCACUUGACCCUUUGAAA